ACGCUACUAAAACACGACGCGCGCCAAUAUUUAACCAGGAAAAGAACAGCAACAACGCCUUCAGUCACAAUUAAGUAUAAGACACUGCUAGAUUCUUUAAGUAGAUGAUUAACUAGCUAGGUUUUGCCAGCAUGUUCGACCUAGAGUAUGAUUACUUUUUAGAGGAAGACAAAAUUUAGUGCGUGCUUGUGUUAUUGCUCCCUGUCAGUAGUUUAGACGUAGCUGUCAAAAAUAUGGCCUACUAUUCGCUUCACUAUCAGAGAUCUGUCGCAGGAUACGGCUAUCGCUACUAUAGACCACACGAAGAUAAGAUGGGCAUGACAGUGACGUCAGGCAGCGUGACCAUCAAAAAAGACGAAAACAACCUCAUAGGGAUAAGUAUAGGUGGCGGAGCUCCUCAUUGUCCCUGCCUGUACAUAGUACAGAUAUUUGACAACACUGCUGCAAGCAGGGAGGGCACACUACAGUCAGGAGAUGAACUAGUAUCAAUCAAUGGUCAAUCUGUCAAGGGCAAGACAAAAGUGGAGGUCGCAAAGAUGAUCCAGUCUGCCAAGGAUGAAGUGGUAAUCAAUUAUAACAAACUACACGCGGAUCCCCAGCAAGGCAAAAGUUUAGACAUUGUAUUGAAAAAAAUGAAGCAUCGUCUAGUGGAGAACAUGAGUUCGUCGACAGCAGACGCUUUAGGACUAUCCAGAGCUAUCUUAUGUAACGAUACGCUGGUGAAGAAAAUGCAAGAGCUACAAGAUACGGAACUGAUGUACAGAGGUCUCGUUGACCAUUGCAAACGGGUCUUACAUGCCCACCUGGAACUACUCCAAACCAUGAAGGCUAUGGGUGACAUUUUCGCCUCUCUAGCGGUACGCGAACCCCAACCCAGAGCUAGCGAAGCCUUCAGGGUUUUCGGUGAGCGCCAUAGGGCCAUGGAAAGGUCAGGAUUGGAGAUGAUCAGGCAGGUGAAGCCGGUCCUGUCCGAUAUGGGCACUUACCUACACAAGGCCAUACCGGACACUAGGUUGACGGUCAAGAAGUACGCUGAUGCCAAGUUCGAGUACCUGGCCUACUGUUUGAAGGUGAAAGAAAUGGACGAUGAGGAGUGCAGUUACGCUGCCCUACAAGAGCCCAACUACAGGGUGGAAACAGGAAAUUACGAAUACAGAUUGAUUCUCCGGUGUCGGCAGCUGGCCAGAGCCCGGUUCGCCAAGCUGCGGUCCGACGUGCUGGUCAAGAUGGAACUGCUGGACAGCAAACACGUGCAGCAACUGGGCGGUCAGCUGGUCCGCAUCGUGCGCGGCUUGAGCGAGAUGCACAACCAGCACCUGGAAGAGCUGUCCGGCGACGUGCUGUUCCCCGUCGAAGUGGACCUGUCCAACAGCGCCUUCCAGUAUAAGAGUACCAUGCCAGUGGUACCUGCGUUUGCUGAAGACGAAGAUCCAGAUAUUGAAAUAGGUGAAGAGCUAGGAGAAAAUCUGCUGUCCGAAAAUCUGAUUGGCGCAAAUAACCGACGCAGUUCGACGGAAAACGGCACCAACGAGGAGAACUCUGCCCCAUUGUUGCCGGAUUUACCUUCGAAUGCCGUCAACCGGGAACCAAACUACGAGGAUAUGGACAACCUGACACUCCUGUCCAGUUUAUGUCUGACAGAUAGUCCCAACAGGGCACAUUCCGCCGAAGAAGGAAGUCUAAUCCCAAACUUAGAAUAAAUAAAAGUGUUAUAAUUUAUUAAUAACCAAUUUUAACAAAUAUAUUUAGUUUUAAUGAAAAUAGAUUGUUUUGUCCAUUGAAUAUAAGGGCUAACAAAGAAAAGAGACGUCCUGGUAGGUCAAGAGAAUAUUUAGGAUAUGGCUAUUUUAUAAGUUUUGCUCUUGUUUAUAUACGUUGUACAGGGUGUCCCAU